UCCACAACAGGCAAUUCGCUGGUCAUAGCAGCAAUCGCGCUGGAACGCUACCUUCAAAAUGUAGCCAACUACCUGAUAGCUUCAUUGGCCGUUACCGACCUUCUAGUAGCCGUCUUGGUGAUGCCACUGGCUGCCAAGAAACAAGUAAUAACAGGCGUGUGGCUGCUGGGUCGAGCGGCAUGUGACGCUUGGACGUCGAUGGACGUCUUGUGCUGCACUGCCUCCAUCCUACACCUUGUGGCAAUCGCACUGGACAGGUACUGGGCUGUCACCAAAGUCAACUAUGUACACCAUCGGCCCCUCAAAACCAUCGUCGUCAUGAUCAUCCUUAGUUGGGGGAUCUCCGCCAUUAUCUGCUUGCCUCCACUAAUGGGAUGGAGGCAGAAUGGUGAUCAGACCCCCUUCUUAAACUGCAUGAUCAGCCAGGAUCCAGUCUAUACCAUCUACUCCACUGUCGGAGCCUUCUACCUGCCACUCGUCGUCAUCAUCAUCAUCUACAUCAGCGUCUACAGAGCGGCCAAGCGGAGAAUCAGGAAGAACAUUUUGAAUGGUGAAAGUAGUAAAAAAAGCGUUGAGUGCGUACAUAACAAUGAUCACAGAUAUUUUAAAAACAUCUCAAAUAAGAAAGAGCGAGCAAAGAAAAAAUCGAAAAAAUAUGAUAAGAAUGUGAAAGUUGAAAUGAUGAAAAACCGGCAUUCAAGUUUUCAAAACAUUCUGUCCGUUUUGAAAGUAAAAAAAUUAUCACUGCCAACAACUUCCGCAACAAAAAUAACUUCAACAAUGUCGUCGCAACAAAUUUUUCACAAAAAUGUUGAAGAACUUUCGAUUCAGAAUCAAACAACGAAAAAAAAUUCAGCGAGAGAGAGGAAGGCCGCUCGUACGUUGGCCGUCAUCACCGGUUCCUUCGUCAUCUGCUGGCUGCCCUUUUUUCUACUGGCCCUGAUAGAACCUUUCUGUGGAGACGUGUGUCGCGUGCCAUACAUUCUGGCCAGUUUCAUCAACUGGUUAGGGUAUUGCAACAGUCUCCUUAAUCCGAUUAUCUACACCGUCUUCAGCGGGGACUUCAGAAGAGCUUUUCGAAAAAUUUUGCUUUGCCGA